GUUUCCCUCCGGCGAGUCGGCGCGAGGGUGAAUUUCCGUUUCCGGCGGUGUCCAAGCGGACCUAAGGAGUCGCAGUUGUGAACAGGUUAGAGUUACUUGUUAUUGGUAAAUAGCCACUAUGGAGACUAAGGACCAGAAGAAACACAGAAAGAAAAACAGUGGACCCAAAGCUGCAAAGAAAAAGAAGUGGCAUCUGCAGGAUCUCCAGCUAGGAGACGAAGAAAAUGCCCAGAAGAGAAAUGCCAAUGCUUUUGCAGUUCAGUCUGCUGUGUGGAUGUCUCGAUCCUUUCACAGGACUCUGGAUUUGAAGACACAAAAGCAUCAUAUUCCAGUGGUUGAUGGAACUCCACUAGAGCCGCUACCAAUAGUGGUAGUGGUGACGGGGCCUCCAACGUUGGAAAGAGCACUUUGAUAUAAUGCCUCAUUCGGAACUUCACCUGGCAGAAGUUCACCGAGAUCAGAGGCCCUGUGACGAUCGUGUCAGGUAAAAAGCGCAGACUCACCAUUAUUGAAUGUGGGUGUGACAUUAACAUGAUGAUUGAUCUGGCUAAAGUAGCAGAUCUGGUACUGAUGCUUAUAGAUGCCAGCUUUGGGUUUGAAAUGGAAAUGUUUGAGUUUCUAAACAUCUGUCAAGCACAUGGCUUUCCUAAAAUUCUGGGAGAUCUCACCCACCUCGACUCCUUCAAGCAUAACAAGCAACUGAAGAAGACAAAGAAGCGAUUAAAACACAGGUUCUGGACAGAAGUUUACCAGGACAAGGUGGGGCUCACCUAUGAGCUGGUCCAGAGUCUCAUCUCCACCUACUCCACCAUUGAUGCCAAGAUGGCUUCAAGUCGAGUGAUGCUGCUUUCCAAUUCCAAACCACUUGGGUCAGAGGCUAUAGAUAAUCAAGGUGUCAGCCUCGAGUUUGACCAGCAGCAGGGGUCGGUGUGUCCCUCUGAAUCUGAGAUCUAUGAGGCAGGAACUGGGGACAGGAUGGCAGGAGCGCCCAUGGCUGCUGCUGUACAGCCUGCUGAGGUGACUGUUGAAGUUGGUGAGGACCUCCACAUGCACCACGUUCGUGACCGGGAGAUGCCUGAAGCUUUGGAGUUUAACCUUUCUGCCAAUCCAGAGUCAAGCACAAUAUUCCAGAGGAACUCUCAAACAGAUGCUUUGGAGUUUAACCCUUCUGCCAAUCCAGAGGCAAGCACAAUAUUCCAGAGGAACUCUCAAACAGAUGUUGUAGAAAUAAGAAGAAGCAACUGUACAAACCAUUUGUGAAGAAGGCCAGGUGUGCUGGCUCAUACCUGUAAUACCAGUACUUUGGAAGGCUGAGGCAGGCUGAUCACCUGAGGUCAGAAGUUCGAGACCAGCCUGGCCAACACAAUGAAACCCUGUCUCUACUAAAAAUCUGAAAAACAACAACAACAACAACAACAACAAAAUUAGCCGGGCGUUGUGGCAUAAGACUGUAGUCCCAGCUGCUCGGGGGGCUGAGGCAGGACAAUUGCUUGUUGAAACAGGUGUCCUUUCCUCACUUUGUUUUUGUUUACUUUGUUGAAGAUCAGUUGGCUGUAAGUAUUUGGAUUUAUUUCUGGGUUCUCUAUUCUGUUCCAUUGGUUUAUGCUCCUAUUUUUAUACCAGAGCUUUUGCACUGCAAAAGGAACAGUCAGCAGAGUAAAUAGACAACCCGAAGAGUGGGAAAAAAUAUUCACACUCUGUACAUCUGAGAAAGGACUAUAUCCAGAAUCUACAGUGAACUCUAACAAAUCAACAAGAAAAAACAAACAAUCCCAUCAAAAAGUGGACUAAGGACAUGAAUAGACAAUUCUCAAAAGAAGAUACACAAAUGGCCAACAAACAUAUGAAAAAAUGCUCAACAUCACUAAUGAUCAAGGAUGGGUACACCAGAAUCUCACAAAUCACCACUAAAGAACUUACUCAUGUAACCAAACACCACCUGUUCCCCAAAAAACUAUGGAAAUUAAAAAAAUAGGUUCUUUGUCUUCUGUUAUUGAGUUUUAAAGAUUCUUUAUAUAUUUUGGAUAUUAAGUCCUUAUGAGAUAUAUGAUUUGCAAAUAUUUUUUCCAUUCUGUAAGCUAUCUCUCACUUUCUUCAUAAUAAUGUCCUUUGAUGAACCGAUGUUUUCAACUUUGAUAAAGUUCAACUUAUCUAGUUUUUUGUUGCUGUGGUAUUUUUGGUGUCAUAUUUAAAAAUCCAUUGCCAAACCCCAGUUCAUAUUUAUCCCUAAGAGUAUCAUGGUUUUGGCUCUCAUAUUUGAGUCAUCGAUUCAUUUUGAAUAAAUUUUUGUAUAUAGUAUGAGUAAAUUUUUUACGCAUGGUGUGAGUUAAUUUUUGUAUAUGGGAUGAAGCCUAACCUUAAUUUGCCUUUGGAAAUUCAGUUGUCCCAACAUCAUUUGUUGAAGAUUUUUCUUUGCCCAUUGAAUAGACUUGGCAGGCUUGUUGAAAAUAAAUAUUUCAUAUUUAUAUUAUGGAAAUAUAAAUAUUUCCAUAAAUAUAUGGUUUAUGUCUGGAUUCAAUUCUAUUCCAUGUAUCUAUAUACCUAUCCUAUGCCAAUUCCAUGCUGUUUUAAUUACUGUAGGUUUUUGAUAAGUUUUGAAAUGGUAGAGUUUGAGUCCUCCAACUUUGUCUUUGUUUUUUAGGAUUUCCAUGUACAAUUCUAGGAAUUUGAGAAUUGGUAUUUCAGUACCAAUUCAGUACUGUUUCAGUAAAAUGACUGUUGGAAUUUUACUAAAUAUUGUAUUGAAUCUUUAGACAGCUUUGGUAGUUCUGCUAUUUUAGCACUAUUAAUUUGUCUUCAAAUCCAUCAACACAGGGUUGCUUUCAAUUUGUUUAGAACUUGUUUAAUUUCUUUCGGUGAUGCUUUGCUCUUUUCAGUGUACAAGUGUUCACAUUUUUCAUUAAAUUUAUUCUUAGGUGUUUUGUUCUUUUAGAUACUAUCAUAAAUGGAAUUUGUUUCCUAAUUUUGUUUUUGGAUUAUUUAUUUCUAGCAUAUAGAGACAUGAAUGAAUCUUGUGUGUUGACCUUGUAAUAUGCAGUUUUGCUGAAUUUUUUAUUAGCUCUAGUAGCUUUCUGAUGGAUUUUCUUCAGUUUUUAAAAUAUAUAUAAUUAUGUAAUCUGAAAGGAGAAAUAAUUUAUUCCUUUCCAGUUUGGAUACCUCUUAUUUGUCUUUCUUGCUGAUUGCUCUGCUAGAAGUUGCAAUGUUCACUAGUGAUUAAAGCAGACAUCCUUGUCUUGUUCCUGAUUUUAAAGAAAAGUGUUCAGUCUUUCACCACUGAAUAGGUUGUUAGCUGGGGGUAUUUUUAAAAUGUCCUUUAUUAGGUUAAGGAAAUUCCCUUCUAUAUGCUCAGUGACUUUUAUCAUGAAGGUGUGUUGAAUUUUGUCAAAUGCUAUUUCUGUGUCAAUGAAUUGAUCUCUUUUUUUUCUUCUUCUUCUUUGCUCUAUUACAUUGGUAAUUUCAGUGUGCUUCUUUACAUUGAUUGGUUUUCUUAUGUUGAACUACUCUUGCAUUUAUAAGAUAAAUUCUUCUUGGUCAUAGGGCACAAUCCUGUUUAGGAAUUUGGUUUCCUAGUAUUUGGUAAAGAUUUUUGCAUUUAUAUGUGUAAAAAAUAUUCUCCUGUAAUUUUCUUUACUUGUGAUCUCUUCAUCUGAACUUACACUAGGGGAAAUGCUUGUCUCAUAGAAUGAAUUAAUAAGUAAUAUCUCCGUUUCUGUUUUUGGAAAAGUUUGCCAAGCAAUUUCUGCCAGUUCAUCUCUAAAUGUAUCCUAGAAGUUACUAUUAAAACCAUCUGGUAUUCGCGGUAGCUCAUGCCUGUAAUCCCAGCACUUUGGGAGGCCAAGGCAGGCGGAUCACGAGGUCAGGAGAUCGAGACCAUCCUGGCUAACACGGUGAAACCCCGUCUCUACUGAAAAUACAAAAAAUUAGCCGGGCGAGAUGGCGGGCGCCUGUAGUCCCAGCUACUUGGGAGGCUGAGGCAGGAGAAUGGCGUGAACCCAGGAGGCGGAGCUUGCAGUGAGCCGAGAUCGCGCCACUGCACUCCAGCCUGGGUGACAGAGCAAGACUCUGUCUCAAAAACAAAAAAACAAAAAACAAAACCAUCUGGUAGGUAUCAUACUUUUCUUGAUUGGGUGGGUUUUUUACUACAACUUCUAUUUCUUUACCUGUUAUUGGUCUGUUGACAUAUAUUUAUUAUUUCUUCUUGAGUGAGCUUAGGUAAUUAGUGUGUUUCUAGAAAAUUCAACAAUUUCAUCUAGGUUAUCUAGUUUAUGGCCUAAUUUGGUCACACAAUCAUUUUUAUUUCUAUAAGGUCAGUAGUAAUAGCCCCAGUUUUAUUUCUGAUUUCAGUUAUUUAUUAUCUCUUUUAUUCUUUAUCAGUAUAGAUUUGUUAAUUUUGUCGAUUUUUUCAUAGAAUCAGCUUUUGGUUUUAUUAUUUCUUUCUCUAUAAUUCCUGCCCUGUAUUUUAUUUAUUUCCAUUUUAAUUAUCAUUAUUUCCUCCCUUCUACUUGUGUUUAAUUUGCUCUUCUUUUCUGGUUCAUAAAAGUUCGAAGUUAUAUUAUUGAUUUGAGAUCUUUUGUACAUUUUUAAAUGUAGGCUCUUACAACUAUAAAUUUUCAUCUGAGCACUGCUUUUGCUUCAUCUCAUAAGUUUAGUAUGUUGUGUUAUUACAUAUCUUCAGAUAUUUGUAAUUUCUCUUCUUCGAUCCAUUGCUUGAAAAGGCACUCAUGGUUUAAUUGCCAUAUAUUGUACAUUUUUCAGUUUUUCUCCUGCUGUUGAUUUAAAGUUCCAUUCCAUUGUGUUCUGAGAAGAUGCUUUGUAUAAGUUUAAUGUUUUUAAAAUGUAUUGAAGAAUUCUUUGUUGCCUAACACAUGGGCUAUCAGAGAGAACAUGUAUUCUGCUGUUGUUGGGUGGAAUGUCCUCUGUAUGUCUAUUAGGUAUAGUUGAUUUAUAUAAACACUAUACUUUAAUUCCCCUAUUUCCUUG